AUGUUACAAGAAUAUUAUAAUAGAAAGGUCCUUUUUAUAACUGGGUGUACUGGAUUUGUGGGCAAAGUAUUAUUAGAAAAGACUUUGCGUUGUUUACCAAAUGUUAGAUGUAUUUAUGUUCUGAUCAGAUAAAAGAAAGGUAGCAGUUUAAUGGAAAGGUUUAAACGAGAAAUUUUGGAUUCAUAAUGUUUUGAUCGUUUGAGAUAGAUUUAUGGUGGAGGUUUUGAAAAAUUCAUAAAUGAGAAAAUUAUUCCCAUUGAAGGAGAUAUGCUAAAGGAAGGCUUAGGAAUGGCUGAAAAUGAUAAAAGAAUAAUAAUAGACAAUGUCAAUAUAAUCAUAAACUGUGCUGCAAGUGUGGAUUUCAAUGCAAGAUUAGAUGAUGCCAUAUAAAUUAAUGUAAGGGGACCUCAAAGAUUUAUAGCAUUAGCAUAACAAAUUAAAAAUUUAGAAAACUUCAUUCAUAUCUCAACAGCAUAUGUCAAUUCAGAUAAGGGUGGUUAUAUAGAAGAGAAAAUAUAUGAUCCUAACUAAGAGAAUUUGGAACAAUUAGUGUCUCAAUUGUUGAAGACUCCUGUCAGUAUUUUAGAGAAAAACGUGAAAGAUAUUAUUGGAGAUUUCCCUAAUACAUAUACAUUUACAAAGUGUAUAGCUGAAAAACUGUUAGUUUAGAACAGAGCUCCUAAUUUUCCACUUACUUUUGUUCGACCAUCAAUUGUAGGAGCUUCGUGGAAAGACCCAACACCUGGUUGGAUUGAUAGUUUAGUGGCAAGCAGUGCCAUUUUUUUCUUUGAUCGGUUUAGGAUUAAUAAAAACUUUAAAUGGUGA